AUGCAGGCCGUGAACGUAUUAGUCCGAAAACUGUUGCGCUUCCUCUUCGAUGCACGAAAGCUGCGCAGCCAGAUGGAUGCCCCCGGCAAAGAUUUUUCCAAGGCGGCGCACACCCUGCAUGAGCUGGAGUCGGUAUUGCAGGAGAGCAGCCUGGAGAAAGUGGACAUUCUUCGGGCUGAGGUCCUCUUCAUUCGGGAUGUGGGCGCACGCGUCCGGCGACAGUCCGAGGAGGACCUCCGCACUGGGGUGCGGCAGGGGAACCACAUCGCACUGAGUGUGGCGCUGCAGGUGUUCUUCAACCUGGAGAGUCUCUGGCCCCAGCUGAAGAAGCUGCUGGCGGAGCUUCUGGAGGAAGUCAGACAGGCGCCGUUGUCAGCUGCGGGCUUUCUACAGGGCUUGGAUGUGAACCUCCAGGUACUGGUGGCGCAGACGCAGCGCGUGCAUGCCUUGGAGGAGAUCGUGGCAGCGAAGAUCGACCCGGUUACGCAUAAGAGCUUCCAAUCUGUGUUGGAGGAUGCUGGCGUUCGCUCUUUGACGGCCCACUUCUGGACUGAAGCUGCCAGUGUCUUUAAGGCCAAGCUCGGGAAGGUGUGCCAGGACCGAGCUUUCCGAUCAAAGGCCAUCUCAGACUGCCCGAAGGUCCUCCAAAGUUUGGUAUCUGCUGUAGAGAAGCUGGGCCGUGGAAAAGUUAUGAAAUCAACAGAGCGCGAGCAGCUUUACCAGUCUGCUGCGGAAUUGCGGAACGAGUUUUUGGGCGAGUCCAUCCGACGUGUAACUGAUCCUAUCGAGAUGAUGCUGCCGGACAAGCUGCUGUCAAGCCUGAGUGCUUCUGGUGAGCGCAUCGGGGGAACCGGCGAGACGGUGACGGACGAGCUUCCCACCAUGCACGAUCUGCGCCGUUACGUGCAGCUGCUGGUGACGGAGUUGGAACGUGUCGAGUGCUGUCCCGAUCUCCUGCUAAAGGAUGUGCUGCGAAGCGUCCGGAGUUCCGUGCUGUUCUUCGCCACUCGAUUGGAGCAGGUUGUAGAUUCAUCCUCUGCAUUCCAGUGCCUGACGGAGGAGGAUGGGCUCUUGCGGUUAAAGUCGCCGCUUCCCAUGCCCACUGCCGGCCAUGCCCGGAAUGCCCG